UGCUUGAAGGGAAUAAUGAUCGCUCUUUGGGGGAAGCUCCGGAGUUGCUUCGUUCUACCGCGUGGAGCCCGGGCGUUUCCCCUUGCUCCCGGGCGCGGCCUUCGUGCCUGGGGUUUUCCCGAGGGAUUUAAAACUUCAGAAAUGGACCUCGAUUUGCAAUGCCAAGAAUUUAAUACAUUAAAAUGGAAAGAACUUGUUGCAUCCAUGAACCAGCACAAAACAAUUAGACUGGAUGACUGUGGUCUGGGAAUUAGCCAUUGUGAAGAUCUUUCUGUUCUUCUGACCACCAACCAAGAACUAACUGAGCUGAAUCUAAGCAACAAUGAGCUGGGAGAUGCUGGCGUAGAUGCCCUAUGCAAAGGAUUGUUAAACCCCAAUUGCAAACUUCAAAAACUCUGGUUACGAAACUGCAACUUAACUAAAGCUUGCUGUGAAAAGCUUCGUUCUGUAGUUAGCAAAUCAUCUCUGACAGAGCUACACCUGGGAGAUAACCAUUUGGGCAUAUCAGGUGGAAAAGCGUUGUGCCAAGGACUUGUGGAUCCAAACUGCCAACUAGAAUCACUUCAACUACAAUUCUGUGACCUCACAAAGGAAAACAUGGAAGCUCUCUGCUCUGUACUGUGUGUCAAAUCGUCCCUGCAGAUGCUUAACCUGAGUAAUAACAGGCUAGGAGAUGAUGCAGUGAAAAACCUCUGCCAAGCCUUGGUGAAGGGCUCUUCUAACUUGCAAUCCCUACAAUUAGAGAGCUGUGAGAUCACACGUGCUAGUUGCAAGGAACUCAGUACUUUCCUCAGUAAUACCCCAUCCUUGACAGAGUUAUGCAUAGGAGACAAUAGUAUUGGUGAUACAGGACUAGCUAUCCUCUGCCAAGGUGUCCAAAAUCCAAAUUGCAAAGUAGAGAAACUAUGGCUGUGGGAAUGCAAUAUCACCGCUGCUGGUUGUAAGGAACUUGCCACAAUCAUUGGCACCAAAGAGACACUCAAGGAUAUGAGCCUGCUGGGAAAUCCUGUGAAAAAUGAAGGUGCAGAAUUAUUAUGUCAAGGGCUGAAGGAUCCAAAAACAAAACUCCAAUCUCUAUGGUUAAGAGAUUGUGGCUUGACUGAGGCUUGCUGCAAGAGUAUUAGCGCUGCUUUGAGCGUGAAUAGUGUCCUAAAAGAGCUGCAACUGGGUGGCAACUCCAUUGGAGAUGCAGGAGUGAUUGACAUCUGUGAAGGUGUGAGUAGUCCAAACUGCAACCUCGAAUCCCUCUGGCUGGGGCAGUCGAGUCUUACAGAGGUUUGCUGUGACGCACUUGCCAAGCUUAUAGUUGAGAAACCUUCUCUACGGGAACUGGAUGUGAGCUAUAGCCAAAUAGGGGAUGAGGGUGUGUUGAAGUUGUGUGAAGCAGUGAAAAAUCCAAACUGUAACCUGAAAUAUCUAAUCUUGUAUGACACUUUUUGGACUUCUAAAGCAGACAAGGUGGUGAAGGCUCUAGAUGGGCUGAAGCCUGAUUUUCAAGUGGUUACAUGAGUGGGGCAGCUUUGCUGGGACCAUUUCUUGACUUCUGUUGAUCUUUGUUUUAUAAACCAAGUUACAAGCCCAAUGGUUGUUGUUUUUUUUUAAAUUUCAGAGUUAUGGACAUGAUGUGAUGUACCCAAAAAAUCCAUUCCAUGUUAGGAAUAUGAUGAAAU